AUGGCCGCGCCGCCUCCACCACCGCCCGCAAGGGGAGGAUUGUCUCUCUAUGCGAACCUCCUAGACCCAGCUUCAGACCCCUCGGCGACGAUAUCCAGCGCGCCCGUUCGGUACAACCAAGACGGCAGCGCGGUAGACCUCGGCGACGACGCAGCAGCGAAGAAACCUAAAGAUCCAUGUCCUUCACCUCCCGCCCUCUCGUUCGUCAACGUCGACGCCAAAGCCGUGAAACCCAAACCUAGUUUCCCCAAGGCCGCGCCGCAAGUGAUGCCGCUUCCCGCCGGGCCAACGACUUCAGAUGUACCGACAGCCGUGGCCACACUGGGCGGGGCGCAAUCCCAGCAGAAGACCAGUCUCGCCGACUGGGCUGCUGCAGGAGACGACGAGAUGCGCUACAGUUUGGAGAAGCGCCAGCGUGGCGGGCGCAAGAAGAAGAAGAAGAAGUUCGACCACCAGCUGGAAACCGACUGGGAUGAGAUCUACGACCCUACCAGGCCCACCAACGUCGACGAAUACCUGCGCAGUGACGAGCGCAUACGAGAGGUCCAGGACUGGAAGGCUGUGCUGUACAGACAUCGUAGGAAGAAGAGCUUCAGCGAUGACAGCGACCAAGACAGCGUCAGAGACAGCCGUCCAGCGGCGAACCAGUUUGCGCCGCCGUCAAACUACUCCUUCGCACCACCUCCGCCCUCUCCACCGACAUUGGCUCAGCUUCCCGACGAUGCGACCGCCGACGACGUUUAUGCACGAAGACAGACUCUCCACACAGCACCCGUGCCGCCUCCUUUAGAUUUUAUUCCACCACCAACAUCACCACCUCCUCCCCCUCCAUCCUCCGAACCAAAGGAGACGGCAACCAUCUCACGCGCUCCCGUCCGCUACUCACCUUCCAAGCCGUCCGAAGACGACGUUCCCGACUCACCACCACUAUCUCUCGGCCUGGGCGCAGAUUCUCAUGCGGGAAACCGCACUUCCGACUCCGAAGCCCCUCGCUCCCUCCGCCCAGGCCAGGCAGGCUUCGCCCAGCGCCUAAUGUCCAAGUACGGCUGGACCAAGGGCUCCGGCCUCGGCGCCGACGAGUCGGGCAUCAUCAACCCGCUCCGCGUCCAGGUUGAGAAGCGGAAGAAGAAGAGCGACGCCGAGGGCGGCGGCUGGCGCGACCCUGCCAACAAGGCCAAAAUCAUCGGCGGCCAGCGUCGCGACGACGGCGCCGCCUCUUCUUCCGGCUACGGGCCCAUGAGCAACGUCAUAGUCCUGCGGAACAUGCUUGAGGGUAUGCAAGACCUGCAGGGUGAGAUUUCCAGCGGUCUCGGGCAAGAAAUCGGCGAGGAGUGUGGCGACAAGUAUGGCCGUGUGGAGCGUCUGUAUUUCGAUGUCGAAAAUCGGCAGGUCUUCAUCAAGUUUACCGACCAAGUCUCUGGUCUACGUGCGGUCAGCGAGCUCAAUGGUCGAGUAUUCAAUGGAAACACAGUGGCGGCCACGUUCUACGACGCAGAGCAAUUUGAACUCGGAGUUUACAUAUAG